UUGUAUUUUAAUCCAGACUCCAGUUUGAUGAUUGUACAUGUUCAUGGCCGUAAGAGCUGGGCGGGAUGUACGGACUUUCAGGCGAGCUAUGGAGGCGUAUAUCACAUCGUCUGUAGUCAGUCACGUGACCCAAGUAUCAAGACACACCCGAAUCUUCUGACGGUGGCCGGAAGUGUACCUGAGGCUCUCGAGUACAUCGCAGAUCUGAACCGGAACGGAAAAUUGGACAGCGUCUGGAUAAUGGGUGGUGCAGGCAUAUACCAGGAGUGCCUGUCUCAUCCGCUCUGUGGACGAAUCUAUCUCACUCACGUGUACAAGGACUUUCCGUCAGACACAUUUUUCCCGCCUUUUGAUGACGACUUCCGAGAAAAACGACGCCACUUCCGAUACCUAUCACGAAGAAGACGGUAUUUCUUUCGAAUUUAAAGUAUACCAGAAUAUAAGGAAAUCCAACACUUCUAUAUAAUUGAUACACUGAUGCCAACUCAGUGUAUUGCUACUAG